AUGAAUAGCCACCUCAGUCCUGGGAGAAGCCACCUGUCCAGCUCCCCGACUCUGUAUUCUCAAACAUUUAAUCAGCCGAAUGCGUCCUCCUAUCAGCGGUUGAUGGACUCCCCGCUAACAUUGAAAGAAAUUUCUGUACCAUCAUCACCUUCAGCCUACCAGACAAACGCAGGGCAUUUACAGCCACAGCCCCUGAAUGGCAGAAGUCCGGGGAGUUUUGAAAUGUCAAGAAAAAGCAGCAAUGCCCAUGCCAUCCCUUCUCACCCUAAUUAUCAUCAGAACACUGUGCCCUUCAGUGAAACUAUGCAGUUGAGCUCAAGUGUCAGGACUCCACCCACCCCACACCAUCCCAGUGUUCAGAUCAGGAGCAACACCUUGUACAACGCAAGUGAGUUUGCCCUUUACGGUCAAUCUGAGCAGUUGUCUACUGCAGGCAGACAAAGUUCUCCACAAAUGCAUUCGUACCC